AUGAAGUUCCUCAUCAUCCUCGCAUUGAACCUCGCAACAGGCCUAGGCCUCGCCCUCGCCGCACCACAGCCAAAGUCCGAAAUUGAACUAGAGACCCAAGCCCAAGUACUCAAACGCGUCGACGACAACGGCACCGGUGGAAACUGCGGCCAAUACAACCCAUCCCCAGACAAGCAAUGCUAUUGCAGCGGGGCAAUCGGCGGCCGAGGACCAGCCUGGUCGGGUAGCAGCGACGCGUGCGAUGAGUGGGCGGGUAAGACCAUCGCGUCUGGGAGUAAGGUCGAAUUUACGCGGUGGAAUCCGACGAAUAAGAUGAUUUUUAACAUCUAUAAUGGUUGUGAUUGGGAGUAUACGGUUAAUCCGGAUAAUUGUAAGAGCGAGUUUCAGCAACUUAACAAUUAUUGUGAAUGGAGUUGGGAUACGCAUAAGGGUGGGUGGUGGAAUAUGCCUUGUGCUACUAUUGGGUUUGAUGUUAAUGCGCGGUGA